GACGGGGCCUGGGAGGGGCUGGAAGGGGGUGGGGGUGGCCGAGGUGGCCUGAGGGUCACUCCAGGUGGUCCAAGGGUCACUCCUGGUGGCCCAAGGGUCAUUCCUGGUGGCCCAAGGUGGUCUGUUGGUCAUCCAAGAUGGUCCAAGGGUCAUUCCUGGUGGCCCAAGGUGGUCUGUUGGUCAUCCAAGAUGGUCCAAGGGUCACUCCCGGUGGUCCAGGGUGGCCUGAGGGUCAUUCCCGGUGGUCCAGGGGUCAUUCCCGGUGGUCCAAGGGUCACUCCAGGUGGUCCAGGGGUCAUUCCUGGUGGUCCAGAGUGGCCUGAGGGUCAUCCAAGAUGGUCCAAGGGUCAGUCCAGGUGGUCCAGGGGUCAUUCCCGGUGGCCCAGGGGUCACUCCAGGUGGUCCAAGGUGGCCUGAGGGUCAUUCCCGGUGGUCCAAGGGUCAUUCCCGGUGGUCCAAGGGUCACUCCAGGUGGUCCAAGGUGGCCUGAGGGUCAUUCCAGGUGGUCCAAGGGUCAUUCCGGGUGGUCCAAGGUGGCCUGAGGGUCAUUCCUGGUGGUCCAAGGGUCACUCCAGGUGGUCCAAGGGUCAUUCCAGGGGGUCUGAGAUGGCCUGAGGGUCAUCCAAGAUGGUCCAAGGGUCAUUCCAGGUGGUCCAAGGUGGCCUGAGGGUCAUCCAAGAUGGUCCAAGGGUCACUCCAGGUGGUCCAAGGUGGCCUGAGGGUCAUCCAAGAUGGUCCAAGGGUCACUCCAGGUGGUCCAAGGUGGCCUGAGGGUCAUUCCUGGUGGUCCAAGGGUCACUCCAGGUGGUCCAAGGUGGCUCAAGGAGAUCCAAGGUGGCCCAACAUCCAUGCAAGGCUCAUCCAACGUUGCCCAGGAUCCAUCCGAGGUGCUCCAAAGUGGCCCAAAUCCCAUCCCAGGUGGCCCAAAUCCCAUCCCAGGUGGCCCAAAUCCCAUCCCAGGUGUCCCAAAUCCCAUCCCAGGUGGCCCAAGCUCCUUCUGAGGUAGCCCAGGGUCAUCCGAGGUGCUCCAAAGUUGCCCAAAUUCCAUCCCAGGUUGCCCAAACUCCAUCCAAGAUGGCCCAAGCUCCUUUUGAGGUUGCCCAAAUUCCAUCCAUGGUGGCCCAAGCUCCAUCUCAGGUGGCCCUGGGUCCAUCUCAGGUUGCCCAAGCUCCUUCUGAGGUUGCCCAAACUCCAUCCGAGGUUGCCCAGAUCCCAUCCAUGGUGGCCCAAGCUCCAUCUCAGGUGGCCCUGGGUCCAUCUGAGGUUGCCCAGAUCCCACCCAAGGUUGCCCAAAUUCCAUCUCAGGUGGCCCUGGGUCCAUCUGAGGUUGCCCAAACUCCAUCUGAGGUUGCCCAAAUUCCAUCCAUGGUGGCCCAAGCUCCAUCUGAGGUAGCUCAGGGUCAUCCAAGGUGGUCCCAAAUCCCAUCCGAGGUUGCCCAGAUCCCAUCCAUGGUGGCCCAAGCUCCAUCUCAGGUGGCCCUGGGUCCAUCUCAGGUUGCCCAAGCUCCUUCUGAGGUUGCCCAAAUCCCAUCCAUGGUGGCUCUGGGUCCAUCUGAGGUUGCCGAAAUCCCAUCCGAGGUUGCCCAAAUUCCAUCCAUGGUGGCCCAAGCUCCAUCCCAGGUGGCCCUGGGUCCAUCUGAGGUUGCCCAGAUCCCACCCAAGGUUGCCCAAAUUCCAUCCAAGGUUGCCCAAGCUCCAUCUGAGGUAGCUCAGGGUCAUCCAAGGUGGUCCCAAAUCCCAUCCGAGGUUGCCCAAAUUCCAUCCGAGGUGGCCCUGGGUCCAUCUGAGGUUGCCCAAAUCCCAUCCCAGGUGGCCCUGGGUCCAUCUGAGGUUGCCCAGAUCCCACCCAAGGUUGCCCAAAUUCCAUCCGAGGUUGCCCAAAUUCCAUCCAUGGUGGCCCAAGCUCCAUCCCAGGUGGCCCUGGGUCCAUCUGAGGUUGCCCAAAUCCCACCCAAGGUUGCCCAAGGUCCACCCGAGGCCACCGCGGCUCCUCAGACCCCUCAAGACCCCAAAAAUCCCCAAAAUUCCCCCAAAAAUCCCCAAAAUUUCCCCAAAAAAAUCCCCAAAAUUCCCCAAAUCCGCCCCAAAGCACUUCCGGGGUGGGGCCUUGGACCUUCCCCCACCCCCCAAAUUUGGGUUUUUCCCACCAAAAAAAAUCGGGAUUUUUUGGGAUUUUCAUGGUACCACCGGGACCUCCCGGGUCUCUUCGCACUUUAAGACGUCCCCGAGACCCCGACCCGGGCACAAAAAUCCCCCAAAAAAUUCAAAAUUUAAAAAAAAAAAAGGCUCCAAAUCCCAAAUUUCCCAAUUUUGGGAA